AUGUGUACAGGAGAGUGUUCAAAGGUUAUUGCUAUUUUUCUGUACAUCCUGGCUACAGUGUCAGUCAUCAGCAACAUCCUGCUCUUUUUCCCCAACUUCGAUGUAAAGUAUGCAUCCGCAGAUGAGGAAGGACAGGAACAGCUCACUCCGGAGGUUAAAUACAUGGGAGGCCUGAUAGGAGGAGGGAUCAUGGUCCUCAUUCCCGCCAUCCACAUUCACCUGACCAGUGCUAAAAACUGCUGUGCCAACCGCUGUGGGAUGUUCCUAUCCAUUGGUUUUGCUGCAGUUGGUGUGGUGGGGGCCUUGUACAGUCUAAGCGUUGGUGCCCUUGGCCUUGUUAAUGGGCCAAUGUGUUUGUGGAGCAAUGGAAACAACCUUAUUCCACAAUGGGGGACGCCCUUUCUUAACAGUAAUGGGAGCUACCUGACUGACAGAGAAAUGUGGAAAUGGUGUCAAAAACCACCGAAUGUGGUUGAAUUCAACGUGGGACUGUUCUCCACUCUGCUAGUAGCAGCAUGCCUCGAGCUCGUCCUCUGUGCAAUCCAGAUGGUCAAUGGACUGUUUGGAUGUAUCUGUGGCACAUGUGCCGGAAAGGAGUAAACCAAACUACAACACACCAUGGCUUGAAGGAGAAGUACAGGGACUGAUUUCUUAAUUAUUUCAUCAUUCUGCAAUUACUCUGAUUGUAGGCUUUAGAUGGAAAAACUGAUGCAUCUUUGUGCCUGUAAACUUGUAUGUUCAUAAAUAUUUUGUAAUAAA